AUGGUCAUAAGUCCGAUCAUCCGCAAAAUAAAUGUGCCAGAAGCCCCUAUCUUCCCUCUGCUUGAAGGCAAGGUUGCCAUCAUUACAGGCGCCGCCCAGGGCAUGGGGAAGGCCACCGCUUCUGUCUUUCUCCGGGCGGGAGCUAAGGUAGUCAUUGCCGAUGUGAAGGCAGAGCAUGGAGCUCAGGUUGCAGAGGAAUUUUCUGCUUUGGGAGAAGUUUGUUUCCUGAAAACUGACAUCUCCAAGUCAGAGGAUGUACAAAGCCUCAUUAAGCAGACAGUCAGUGUCUUCGGAAGAUUGGAUGGAGCAAUCAACAAUGCGGCCAUGUCUCCCGAUCAGAAUCUUCUGAUUGACUUUUAG